AGCGCUGAAGCAGGAAGAAAUCAGAUGAAUGUAGACACCUUUCGACAGGAAACCCGUGACAAGAAACGAUAAUAAGCGACUGAUCUCGAUUUUUACCAGUCAAUUCGGUUGACACUACAGCUAAAGUGGAUUGGACCGCAUGCGCAAGUAUCUCACAUAAGGAUCCCUUUAAAUCCAUCAGAAAUGGGUUCAUGUUUUUUUCUUUUCGCGUUCUUUCUUUUUAUUCUCGGUGAUUUUGGCGGAGAAACCCAGAGCGAGAUAUCUGCACAAGACCAACAGUGUGUAAGAACUUUCACGGCUGGUCGGGAAGACUUUGUUCUGGACACGGAAGAGUCGAUCAAGGAUGGGGCCGUUUUCCUGGCGAACCCGAGCGUAGAGCGUACGCACGAGUGCACUGUUAAGUGCUGCAGAGAUCCAAGAUGCAACCUGGCUCUCGUUGAGGACGGAAACGAGAAGAUAUCCAACAACGGCUGCUUUCUCUUCAACUGCUUAUACAAGCAUACAUAUGUCUGUAGAUUUAUUCAAAAGCAGGGGUUUACAAAUUAUAUAUUGGAUUCAGUCUAUGAACAUUACCUGAACGGCCGCAAAAGUGAUAAGAAGGACAAACCUCCUAUUGCCAAUGCUGGACGGGAUGUGGUGGUCCAGCCUCAUGAGGAGGUAUUGCUGAAUGGCAUUGAGAGUUGGGAUGAUAAGAAGAUCGUAAACUACCAUUGGACCCUCAUCCGUGGAGCUGAAUCUGUCCAGAUGGAGAAAACAGAAUUGCCGGACCAGAUAAAGGUGUCCAACCUGAUACCUGGGGUGUAUGAGUUCAAACUGACAGUGACGGAUUCAGCAGACCAUUCUGAUUCAGCUAAAGUCACUGUUUUGGUUCUCACUCCUGAGCAAUCUGAGCGUCACUGUUUGAUCCCUAAAAAGGAGGGACCCUGCCGAGGUUCUUUCCCUCGUUGGCAUUACAAUGCUGCAUCUAGCAAGUGUGAGCGGUUCUUCUUUGGAGGGUGUAAGGAGAAUAGCAACAACUAUCUCUCUGAACAGGAGUGUUUAAAUGCCUGUAAAAACACGAAAGUAAACUCUGGUGGAGAGUCAAGAAAGGUGGUUACGGAAGACUGUUCUUCUUCAUGUGGAGAAGACCAAUUUAAAUGCUCUAACGGCUGCUGUGUGAAGAAAGAGUUUGAGUGUGAUGAACAGCGGCAGUGCAGCGACGGUUCUGAUGAGGAGAACUGUGAGCAAUUGAAUAAAAGCCUGAGUCGACUUCUUCAGAUUGGGGUGAAUAAAAAAGCCCACUGCACAGAUCCCCCUGUUACGGGCCCCUGUCGAGCCAGUUUUACUCGUUGGUACUAUGACCCUCUUAACAAAAAGUGUCAUCGCUUCACCUAUGGUGGCUGUGAUGGCAAUGACAACAACUUUGAAACAACAGACAACUGCAUGAACAACUGCUCAGGUGUCACAGAAAAGGAUGUGUUUGCUAGAGGAUUGUUUGUAAUGGGUGAUGAGGAACUAGGGGAAACCCGGUCAGCUUCUGUUGCCCUGGCUGUGGUUUUGGUUGUGGCCAUCUUGGCCGUUCUGGCUGUGUUGGGUUACUUUUUCCUCAAGAACAGGAGAAAAAAACAUCAGCAUCAGCGUGUGGCCACCAGCAGUCCUCCAGUAGCAUACAGUGAAGAAGAGAAACAGAUGGUUUACAACAGCACCACUGCCAAAGCAUGACUCUAUCAUCUUUAAAACUUUAUGGUCUGCCACUCAGAUCUACUGUAGGCUGGCUGCAGUGUAGGAUGGGUCAUAUGAUUAAUUCCUUUAUUAAGUAUCUCAGUUACGGGUUCCUGACCUUAACGUGAAGCCAUAUUACAUGUUUGGUCACUGAACCAGGUCUUUUAUCUCAGGCUUUAAUGCACAAGGUGUUUCGUUUUAAUGUGGAUAUUUAGAAUUGGUGUAUUAUGUUACAUUGAUCAGACCCAAGUGUCUGUGUUUGUGAAAUAAGAGAGAGUUUGUAAAGUAGAUUUUGGAUCUUUGUAACUCCUUAAAGAUGGUCUUCUACCAUCAGAGAAUUUUAUAUUCUGGUUUUGUAAGCACUUGACCAAAGAUAAUGUCUUUUUGUUUUAUUUGUCUUAAGAUUUUUGAGGGGAUUAGAAUUUCUUGAAUUAUCUAUAUUGAAAUUUGUUACAUUUUUAAUUACAUAUAUUUUAUGGUGUGACAUUGUAUUAUUUGUCCCAUGAAACAAUAAGUUCUUGUUGCACCAAAUGUAAAAUGUCUGCCAGGUGUUUAUUAAAGAGAACUUAUUAAUUUGA